CCCAUUUUUCUUUACUAACAUGAUGUAAUUAACGUUAAUGUUUUGCGGAUAAACAUUAAGUAAUAAAACGCAGAUGCCGAUUACGUGAUCAGUGAAGUUAAGAGGGACUUUUCGACUUAGAAUCUAAAGAGUAAAAAAAAAAGUGCACAUUUCAAGUUGAAUAUAAUGGCGACCCGCGUUAAGGAUUUCGGCAUGACGUCAGAUCCUGGCAACAUUUCCAACUACUCCAGGACACCUGAAGUCCACUUGACAGCGUUGACAAGAGCUCUGGGCGUAUGCACUGCAAUUGUCGUUUGCGGAGUCGGUGCUGACGUGGCGUACCGCGGACACGUAAUGGGUGUUUACGUCACGGCGUCCUCUGCGGUGAUUCUCUUCCUGGAGGUAACUUGGGCAGUCACCCUCUUCGUCCAGGUCUGCGUAAGGAACGACGACUCUCUUUGUUGGCGCUGCUGGUCGAGCGUACUUGUCGUAACGAGAGGCUGGCGACGGGCGUUGUUUUAUCUGCCCCUGUCAUGCAUUUUGGCAUGGAAAUCUCACAGAUUGUGGUUAUCCUUCGUGGCCGCCGGAAUGCUGGUGGUUUUGUCCUUGCUGCACAUUGGAAUUAAUGCUCUUGGACGUAGGGGAUGUCACCAGCCAGGAGGAGUGGAUUCGGUCGUCGACAGUUUAUUGAACACGAGGCCGGAAACCUACGACCGCUUCGAAGAGGUCCUGGUGACGGAAGUCCUUGAUGACGGCGUGUCGGGUCCAGCUGGACGAUUGCCUGACAGCGAUGGAGAAAUUUGA